AUGGCGCUCUCCAAACACGUUAACACCGACAAGCUUAUCCGAGAUUCUAGGGACAAGAAAAGUCCAAAGGAAAAGGCUCAUCAUACAGCUACAGCUCACCAAGAAGCUACCUAUUCAUAUGGUGACAGAUAUGUUACCAACCCAGUUCCCAAGUACAACAUUGCGUCCAAGGGUAUCAGUGCAGACGCAGCCUACAGGCUCAUACAUGACGAGCUUGCCCUAGAUGGAUCCACAGUUCUGAAUUUAGCAUCAUUCGUUCACACCUGGAUGCCUCCUCAGGGCGAGCAACUUGUCCAUGAGAACAUUGCCAAAAAUUUGAUAGAUAGCGACGAAUAUCCAGCUACCCAGAUUAUUCACACUCGAUGUGUGUCGAUUUUGGCCGACUUAUGGCACGCUCCUUCGGCGAAGCAAGCUGUUGGGACAGCCACAACCGGUUCAUCUGAGGCUAUUCAACUCGGCGGACUUGCUAUGAAGAAGAUGUGGCAAGCCAGGAUGAAGGCGGCUGGGAAGAACAUCCACGAACCAGGUCCCAACAUUGUGAUGGGUGCUAAUGCCCAAGUCGCUCUCGAAAAGUUUGCUCGUUAUUUCGACGUCGAGUGCAGGCUGGUUCCCGUUUCUGUCGAAAGUAAAUAUCGACUCGACCCUAAGAAAGCUAUGGAUUUUGUGGAUGAAAAUACAAUUGGUAUUUUCAUAAUUUUAGGGAGUACAUACACUGGCCAUUACGAGCCAGUGAAGGAAAUGUCUGAUCUUUUGGACGAAUACGAAAAGAGGACAGGGAUCUAUGUACCCAUACACGUUGAUGGUGCUUCUGGAGGCUUUGUUGCACCUUUUGUUCAUCCCAAGAUGGUCUGGGACUUCAAGCUUCCGCGCGUAGUAUCGAUCAACACUUCAGGCCACAAGUUCGGCCUCAGCUAUGUCGGCGUCGGCUGGGUCGUCUGGCGGGACAAGGCUCACCUUCCUAAAGACCUUAUAUUUGAGCUUCACUAUCUCGGUUCAGUGGAGUAUUCAUUUUCGCUAAAUUUCUCGCGACCAGCUGCCCCGAUCCUUGCUCAAUAUUUCAACCUCGUCCAUCUUGGGUUCGAAGGAUACCGAUCUGUAGGACUUGCUGAUAUGAAGAAUGCUAGAGAAUUAAGCCGCGCUCUGGAGAAGACCGGAUAUUACACUGUCCUCAGUGACAUACAUCGAGCUGUUGGUGCAAAGGACCCUCAUGGAAUUGACGACGCUGACAUCGAGGCAUACGAACCAGGCUUGCCAGUGGUUGCUUUUAGAUUCUCUGACAAUUUCAAAGAAAAGCAUCCCGAAAUUCAGCAGAAAUGGAUUCAGACCCUUCUGAGAGCCAAGGGCUGGAUUGUUCCAAACUAUGAGUUACCUCCUUCGCUUGAGCAAAUCGAAAUUCUUCGUGUGGUCGUUCGAGAAAACGUUACCGAAGUUUUAAUUGACAAACUUAUUGAUGACAUUGUUGAAAUCACAGAGCAACUGGCAGACUCCUCGUCAUCGAUGCACAGUUUGAAUACCCUUGGUCACAUUCAAAAGCCAAAGAAGCAUGAACAUCCCGAGAGCAACCUAAAAGAAGGAGAGGGUAGCGAUUACAGUGGAACCUAUGCUCGUCCUUGCUAA